ACUUCCGACUGGUGAUGGAUGUGACUAUGAACAAUUUGAAUACUGCCCACGCAAGACUCACGACAUGAAAUCACGAAUGAAAGAAGACCUGCGCGGAUCAGUUCGCGGACGCUUGUCUCAUAAUAGCAAGGGCGGAUCCAACAACCCAGUGAAGCGAUGACGGCAUGCCAAGCCUUUUCGAGUCAAUUCUCGGGUCAGUCAAGACGAGGGCUAGCUGAUGCGCGUUGCCACGACACAGCUAGGCGGGGGGAGGCGCUUGGAGAUAAGGCAGGGCCACUCGAUCAAGCCGCGGACUUUUCGCACGGAUUGCGUUCUUUCAUCCGAGUGAUUCUUGAUGCUCUUGGACGAGGCAACUCGAUCGGCAAAAGACUCACACUCUCGACUGCUCACACGCUUGUUCGAGGUGAUGCGUGGCGGCGGGGUCGCUUAUGCAUCGCGGUCAUCGGAGUGCAGGCACAGAGGCAAGCUAGCGCGGAUCGCGAUAAGUUGCCCCCAGAAGUCCGAGAUCGCUUGAUUUCCAAGCAGCAGGCCCGAGAAUCGCUGCGCCCAUCUCAGGCAGCAUCAUGUGGGUGCGGUCGUGCGAUAUCAUCGUCUCAACAGUCCUCUUCUUGAGCAACGUUGGCAGCGGUAGCGAUGCAUGCUGGUGAGGUCAACCGAUUCAGUCUUGUCGAGUGACGCCGAUUUCUUGGUGGGCCUCCUGGCGCC